ACAGAACGUGUAGCCAUAGUGUCAUUUAUUAUGAUCUGUACCAUUGUGGGCAACACAACCUUAAUUUUAACCAUUGUAUGUAAACAUUCCCGUCGCAUUAAACGUGUCAAUAUAUUCUUAUUAAAUCUGGCAAUAGGAGAUUUAGCAGUGGCAUGUUUUACUAAUACAACUGAAAUCCUCUUCUUAGCGUUUGAUGAAUGGAUAUUGGGACCUGUAUUGUGUAAAGUGUGUGUUUAUCUUCAAAUAGUGACAUUCUCAAGUGCAACAUUUCUCUUGAUGGCAAUGAGUAUUGACCGUUAUCAAGUUAUAGUUAAACCUCUUCAAGCAUUAGCCUCUCGUCCUAGAAUAGGCCGAAAAGUGUUCCUGGCAUGGUUAAUGGCCUUUAUCUUCGCAUCUCCCCAACUCUUAAUAUUCGUUCAGGUGGAAAAGGGUUCUAAAUUUGACGGAACUCCGCGUCGUGCGUGUGUUAGUCAUGGCUAUACAGCCGAAUGGCAAAGGAAAGUUUACAUGACGUAUAUGACCCUUUAUAUCCUUGUUAUUCCAUCGUCUGUGAUGCUAUAUUGUUACAUAAAGAUAAUUUCAGUUGUCUGGACACGAGGCAAUGGUGAUCAUCGAAAUCAUAGCAACCAGACUGAAGACGAUCACGUCCAGUCGCCUCGGAUGUCCGUUCGUCGUGGCCUGGUGACAGCAGCUAAAAGGCGUGCUGUUAUUCUAACAUUAACAGUGAUCAUUGGAUUUCUAGUCUGUUUAACACCUUACUUUAUCAUUACCCUAAUACGAAUUUACAGUGAUUAUGCAAUUAAAUUAAAACAGCCUUUGGCAGUAGCGGAAAGUAUUUUUAUGACCCAUAGUGCUCUUAAUCCAAUUCUUUAUGGUUUGUUUACA